UUCUCUCUCUGGCCCAUUCUGCGAAAUGGGUUGCUUUUCCAUGUCAAAAUUCGUCCAAAUUCAAAUUCUCAUUUUUGCCUUUUAAAACGCUGGAUGUGAUAUCACACACCAAUUUACCUAUCAAUUUACCUUUUUUUUUUAAAAGAUAUGAGGCCAUAUUAAACCCUCUUAAAUAUAGGCCUAUUAUUUUUCUUUUUACAAAACUUCUUUAAGUGUCGUCCUCAAUCCUGUUACCAAAAUACAUGGGAUUUGUAAAGACGAAUUUUAAAAGGAAGAUGAACCAUCACCUCUACUUUCCUCCUGUAAUGUUCUUUAUUUACUAUAAAAUGUCUUUAAAUAACUUGUAAAUUUCUCCAAAAAGAACAUAUUUGAGCGAAUGAUUUAGUAACAGGAAGGAACUGUUGAUAACAGGAACUUAUAACAUGAAUGAGUUAGGAAUGAAUAGGAAUUUCAAGUAACAGGAAUGAGUUUUUAGCAAUUAUUUGUCAAAAACAUGAAAUGUAGCACUGUAGAUGUUAAGAUAUCAAUGCAAGGCCAAAUUGCACAUUGCUGUGAUAUACCAAAAAUAAAGAAAAAACAUAAAAUCAGGGACAUAAUUUAGGUAACAGGAUUUUGGUGACCACUCUUGGCUUCAGUGACGGCUUCGUCAAAAAUACUGACUAGAUCAUCAGAGACCAUACGUUUGAUCUUCCAUGUCUUUCAGAAUGACAGAAGGGAUGUAACUUACUCUUGAAUGUAUGACUGGGGGAAAUCCCAAAAAAUUCAGAACGGCAAUAUGUUAAGGUAACAUGACUGAGUGAAAACUUGGGGACAUGAAUAUGCUUAUUAUUAUUAUGCUUAUAAACAAAAUAUAUUUUUUUCAUGUGUUAGGAAAUAUGUUAAAAAAAAAUAUGUGGGAUAUGGAAUUACACAAAAAGUGUAAACAUGUCACACUGGGACAUAUAGCCUAUGAAAUGAGCUUUUUAAAAGUUGUUUUGCUUUAGUAUUUAUCCACAGCAUGUCAAUUCAUAAGAACAUAUAAUUUAUAGCUGUUUUCUAGCUAUUAUGCAUCAUUUUCAAAGGCAUAGUAUCACUGGUACAUAAGAGGCACCGCUUUCGUAGAACGCGCCCCCCCACCCCCCUCCUCCUUCUUAGCUUUAAGGAGCGCUGUUUUUCUAUCCUGCGCUCACAUUGCCUAAAGGCACCACUCCCUGAACUCACUUUCUGUCCAUUAACCGCAUGCGCUACUUUUUUUUUCAAGGAAGACUUCGCUUGAAAUUCUGUCCUACCCAGCUCGAUCUUGUUAUGCCACAGGAGCGACUUGGGCCAUUAGUGUGUUGAACUGUUGUGUACCGUGGCCGGUCACCAUCCUGGCACCGAGGCAGGUCGGGAUGGGGGUGCCAGCAAUAGCUUUGUUAUUAAUUUAUACGCUCGUUCAUUCGGGAUCCCACGGGCAGGAAAUCCACCCACAAAACUGCACUCUCAACUGCAUUCGAAAGGGAGAGCCAGAGUGCGAGUACUGCCGGAUAACCCAGGAUGAUGUGAAAUCAGUAUUCGGUUUCUCCAGUCCCUUUGGAGCAUGUGUUCCUUGGCCGUGCCAUUCCUUUUUGGGAGAAACUCCAGACAUUUGUCAGCAUUAUGUUCACGCACCGCAGAAUGUGGACGUGCACUUUGUGCCAAAUCCAGAUCCCAAACAUGAGACCGCCAUCAUAUCAUGGAGCCCCAGCGUAUACGGGAUCGGCUUCCUGAGAGGAUUUCAGGUCUCCAUCCAAGCUCUGGGUGGGACACAAGUUCUCUGUCAACUCUUCUUGAUGCAGCAAAACCUGUCCCUGACUCCAGACCACACACAACUGGUGUACUACUCCGACCCGUUCCCUAAACUGAAAGUGGACAGUCAGUACGCAGUGACGGUGAUGGCCUUGCCGGUCCCUGAGGAGUGGGACAGAUUUUACCAGAAGAAACUCUUCCGCACGAGCACAUGCCCAGAAAAAAAUGGAUUAGAGCAGUGCAAAAAAGACUGGUUCCCAAGAUACCUUGCUGUGGAGCAAGAUGGUCACAACAUGAACGUGACCUUCAACCUGGCGCCUCCGAGCCUGCAGAUCAAACGCUAUUUCUCUUCCUGCUUUGGCGGGGGUCAGAGAACAUACAUCAAAUUGGAACCGGACCUCCGAAAGAACAACACACACUACAUGUACCGUUUGCCCCAGCUUUCCAUCGGAAUCAAUUACACUUGUGAGAUAGCGGCUGAUGUGGUAGAUGCCGUCCGAAAAAAGUUUUCUGUCGAGAUACAGCCAACAACUGAGAGUCCUUCUCCAUCCUCACCAGACAUUAGUCCCUUUGUUGCCCUGGUACCCCUGGGCAUCAUCCUGGUAGCCGCUCUGGCUGCCCUCCUUACAGCACUCUGGAAGAGGAAACACGCCCAUCUCCUCAAGAAGUACACCGCUCCAGACGUUUUCCCUGAGUUUGAAGUCAAACCGGAGGAGCAGUUUGUGUGCGAGAGCAGUAAAUCCUCUCCUCCCAGUCUACUGAUCGUCUACUCCACCUGCGAUGGUCCCGCACAUGUUCAAGUUGUUCUUUCUUUUGCCGCUUUCCUGCAAAGGCAUAUGGCGAUUAAGGUGUUUCUGGACAUGUGGGACUCUCUGAGCGUGAUGGAGGAGGGUGCGCUGGGCUGGUACUGCAGGAAGCUCUCGGAGAGCGACUUCAUCCUGGUCAUCUGCUCACCGGGCCUCCACCAGACCCCUCAAGGCCACGACGGAGGAGAGCACGAGGACGACGAUGAUGAGGACUCGCCCCAGGAGAACAUCUCCUCAGCCAUGGUGGCACUCAUCGCCGAGGAGCUCUGCCGGGCCAAAACCACCAUCAACGACAUCUCCAGGUACAUCACGGCCGUCUUCGAGUACUCCAAGCAGACGGACGUGCCGACGGUCCUGGGCCUGGCCACCCACUACUCGCUCAUCACAGACUUGCCCCUGCUCUUCUCGCACCUCCACGGCGUGGCCUUGCAGCAGCCCGGCACCUGUCUGAAGGUGGAGAGCAUCUCGGAGGACUUCAUCAAUCAUCCUGCCGGAGAGGCGCUGAGGAAGGCUAUUGAGGAGGCCAAGGUGGGGUUGAACAGCGAGCAACAACAACCACACCCCAAAGUAAACAUAUGGACAGAGGACCUGCACUUGCCAUCACAGCAGAGGGUUGAAUGUUCUGCAAUUGAUUCGCUGAAAUAAUGGCGUGCAAUGGCCUGGCCACUAGCACUGAACAGCUAUGGUGCUGCUCAGUGCCAAGUAUGAUGUAAAAGUGCCUAAAGUUUGGACAGAGUUCGAAAGACAUGAUUGUGAAGAGUUAGAUGAUUAUUAUUGUUAGCUGUUUUCAGAACAUUCUGCUUCGGCUGUUAUUAUCCCUGGGUUAUCGACUCUCCAACUAUUGAUUGGGGAAUAUAUGAAGAGUGUAUUUGCAAAACGGUAUAUCUCCAUUUUGUAGUGUUGGGAAAUUGACGUUUUUGUAUUGGGCAUUCCAUUGCAUUGCAUUGCAUUGCAAAAUGCAUUUCAUAUAGGUUGAAAAAGUAUGUUCGAAAAAUAUUUUAAUGGCAAGAAUCCACAAAUAGGUGAUGGGACCUCUGAACCGUCAUUUUCAAUAAUAAAAUGCAAAAGUCAGAAAUGAUGGAUACACCGUUUUGCAAAUAAACUCUUCAUAUAGAUACAGGUCAAAUUACAGCAAAU